GAAUGAUAAAAGUAUGAAACAAAAUCAAGCAUCAUUACGUUAAGCAUUGUAAAUGGAAAAAACAUUAUCUCAAUUUAUGAAUAUCAACACAAUAUCUCAAUUUAAGAAGUUACAAAAUAGAAAAAUUUUAGAAGAACUUCAAUUAAAAAAACAAUUACUUUUGAAACAAGGUGUUGCUCAAACACUAGGCACAUCAAUAUCUGUUGCUACAACUGCUACAUCAACAUCAUUGCCUCAGAUUUUAGUAUCUAACGAUGGAAUAACUAUUAAUUCAUUACAAAGAGCAGCUCUUCUUAAUGCACAUGCCGCUUCAGCAGGUUAUUUCGUAACACAAGAUUCUUCAUUUGGAAAUUUAAUUUUACCCGUCCUUCCUCGUUUUGAAGGUAAAUUUGAAAAAUUUUUUGAGACAGUAGUAAUGAAUCCACCAUUUGGUACAAAAUGCAAUAGAGGCAUUGAUAUCAAAUUUUUAGAAAUUGCAUCUAAAAUAGCAAAAAAUACAAUUUAUUCGCUUCAUAAAAGUUCAACUCGUGAUUAUGUACUUAAAAAAGGUUUUCAAUUUGGUUUUAAUUGUCAAGUUUUAGCAGAAUUAGUAUAUGAUUUACCUCAAACAUAUAAAUUUCAUAAAAAAAAGUUUGUAAAUAUUAAAGUUGAUUUUAUAAGAUUUUCUGCUAUGAAAUGA